GUUUCCAUCUUCCCAUCUCCCGUUUAAAAACAGUUCCGACCUUUGGGUCGGAACUCAAACAAGGAAGUCCUACUUCGAUAACCCAGCCGCAGUACCCCUUCGCGAGCGCCCAUCGUCGAGCAUCCUCUUUGCACCACGUCCCUCUGUUCUACGAGUUUAGCCACUGAGCCUUUAUAUUGUCUCAGGUUGAGGCAAAGCAAAAUGAAACUGCGGCAUGCUAUGGUGUGUGCUUCAAACCAGAACCGUAGUAUGGAAGCUCAUGCACUUCUCAGAAGAGAAGGUUUUGAUGUAUCCUCAUAUGGCACAGGAGCCCAUGUGAAGCUUCCUGGCCCCUCGCUAAGAGAACCCAAUGUGUAUGAGUUUGGAACUCCUUAUAAGCAAAUGUUUGAUGAUUUGAGGCGCAAAGAUCCUGAGCUAUACAAGCGGAAUGGUCUUCUACCAAUGCUAAAAAGGAAUUCAAGUGUCAAACUGGCACCUCAACGUUGGCAAGAAAAUGCUGCUGAUGGGUCUUUUGAUGUGGUAUUUUCGUUUGAAGAAAGGGUUUUUGAUAUGGUUGUUGAAGACCUUCAUAACCGGGAACAUGCACUGAUGAAGACCGUUUUGGUGAUCAAUUUGGAUGUAAAAGACAACCAUGAAGAAGCAGCUGUGGGAGCCAGGCUUGCUUUGGAUUUAUGUAAGGAGCUUGAAGCAGCGGAGUCUUGGGAUGAUACAAUCGAUGAAAUUGUACCAGCCUUUGAGAGGCAGCACAGGAGGAAGCUCUUGUACAGUAUUUCCUUCUACUGAGAUCUGCACCUAAGCACAAGGAAGUUACACUGCUAACUCACCUAUAUUUACUGGGUAUAUUGUUCUUUACUAAUUUCUAUGUAAAAUUUUGUGUGAUGUUAUUUUGGUACAGCCUCAAGAAGGCUGAUGUUAUCAUUAUAAUUAUUUAAGUUCUAUGGCAUUGUUUUGAAAA